GUGGUAUAUCACUGUAUCAGUACAUUGAAUAAGCACUAGGAGGUAGCUCGCAGGGAAAGAGAGAGCAGAAGAAGAAGAAGAAGAAGGGAUCAGAGUCAUGGAGACUCCACAGCAAGGAGUAGUGAAGAAGAAGGAGACAAGGGGUCGCAAACCCAAGCCCAAGGACGACAAGAAGGACGACCAGCACCAACAUUCCAAGACCCCUAAAGAACACAAGAAAUCUCACCCUCCUCCCUCUGUCGAUGACAAGUACACCCAGUGGAAGUCCCUCGUUCCUGUCCUCUACGACUGGCUUGCUAAUCACAACCUCGUUUGGCCCUCUCUCUCUUGCCGGUGGGGUCCUCAGCUGGAGCAAGCUACAUACAAGAAUCGCCAGCGGCUCUACCUUUCUGAGCAGACUGAUGGCAGCGUUCCAAACACUCUUGUCAUCGCAAACUGUGAGGUUGUGAAGCCUAGGGUUGCAGCUGCAGAGCACAUCUCACAGUUUAAUGAGGAGACACGUUCACCAUUUGUGAAGAAGUAUAAGACCAUCAUACAUCCGGGAGAGGUUAACAGAAUUCGGGAAUUGCCAACAAAUUCUAAAAUAGUAGCUACUCAUACGGAUGGCCCUGAUGUCCUCAUUUGGGACGUUGAAACUCAGCCUAACCGCCAUGCUGUCCUUGGAGCUUCAAGCUCUCGUCCAGAUCUGAUAUUGACUGGACAUCAAGAUAAUGCUGAAUUUGCUCUUGCAAUGUGCCCAACUGAACCCUAUGUGCUUUCUGGAGGAAAAGACAAGUCAGUGGUUUUGUGGAGUAUUCAGGACCAUAUAUCAUCAGGUGCCAUGGACCCAAAAUCUAGUGAGUCAAAACAGAACUCUAAAUCUGGGGAAGGCAAUGACAAAACUGCUGAUGGGCCGUCUGUUGGACCCCGAGGCAUCUUUCAAGGGCAUGAGGAUACUGUUGAAGAUGUGACUUUCUGUCCUUUUAGUGCACAGGAGUUCUGUAGUGUUGGAGAUGACUCAUGUCUCAUAUUGUGGGAUGCACGUGUUGGCACCAGUCCUGUGGUGAAGGUUGAAAAAGCUCAUAAUGCUGAUCUUCACUGUGUUGACUGGAAUCCCAAUGAUGUUAAUCUUAUUCUCACUGGGUCAGCAGAUAAUUCUGUCCGCAUGUUUGACCGGCGUAAUCUUACCUCUAAUGGAGUUGGGUCACCUAUCCAUAAAUUUGAGGGUCACAAAGCUGCUGUUCUCUGUGUUCAGUGGUCUCCAGACAAAUCAUCUGUAUUUGGAAGUUCUGCAGAAGAUGGCCUCUUAAAUAUUUGGGAUUAUGAUAAGAUUGGGAAAAAGACAGAACGAACAGGAAAAGCACAAGGUUCUCCUGGUUUGUUAUUUCAACAUGCUGGCCACAGAGACAAGGUUGUUGACUUCCACUGGAACGCAUAUGAUCCAUGGACAAUUGUUAGUGUGUCCGACGACUGUGAUAGUACUGGUGGAGGUGGAACAUUGCAGAUAUGGCGCAUGAGCGACUUGAUCUACCGACCAGAGGAGGAGGUUUUGGCAGAGCUUGAGAAAUUCAAGGCCCAUGUUGUGGAAUGCGCCUCCAAAUCUGAAAAGUGAUACAAAUGUUGCAGGCAGUGAGUUGUCUCUGACUGGUCUGUGGUCUGAAUGUAUAAUCAUUUGUAGCCACCAUGUAACUCAUGUUCAUCAAUUACUAUUACAUUUGUUGUGAUGUUUCUUUGGUUCUAGAAGACACCCAGAUAGAAAACCCAAUUGGGGGAAUCUUAGGUUGAAGCGCAGAACAGUGAGGGAUUUGAUAGCGUUUAAUUUAAUUUGGAUGAUCAUUUUAGAGAUUAUGAAGUUGAACCCUUGGCUUAUGCCUGUAGCUGUUUCAAUUGUUGGUGUGGCUGGUAAAAUGAAUUGUUCAGGU